AUGGUGGCGACGGCGCUGCUGCGCGCCUGGCUGGCGGCCUCGGCUUUGUGCUGGGCGCCCAGCGCCGGCUGCCCGGAGCCGUGCGCCUGCGUGGACAAAUACGCGCAACAGUUCGCGGACUGCGCCUACAAAGACCUGCAGACAGUGCCGUCGGGGCUGCCUUCCAACGUGACGACGCUGAGCCUCUCGGCCAACAAGAUCGCGGCGCUGGCCCGGGGUUCCUUCGCCGAGGUCACCCAGGUCACCUCGCUCUGGCUGGCCCAUAACCAGAUCCGCGCCGUGGAAGAAGGCACGCUGGCCGUGCUGGGCCAGCUGAAGAACCUGGACGUCAGCCACAACCAGAUAGCCGACUUCCCCUGGGCCGACCUGCGCAACCUCAGCGCCCUGCAGCUGCUCAAAAUGAACAACAACCGCAUGGCCCACCUGCCGGGCGGCGCCUUCCAGGCCCUGCGCGACCUGCGCUCCCUGCGCAUCAACAACAACCUCUUCAGCGGCCUGGCCGAGGGGACCUUCGACCCGCUCACCUCGCUCUCUCACCUGCAGAUCUACAACAACCCCUUCAACUGCAGCUGCCAGCUCAUGUGGCUGAAGAACUGGACCGAGCACACCCUGAUCUCCAUCCCGGAGAGGGAGGCCAUCAGCUGCGCCGCGCCCGAGGCCUGGAAGGGCCGGCCGCUGGCCAGCGUCCCCUACCUGCGGUGCUCCGCUCCCGCCGUGCGCCUGAGCUCCCAGCCGGAUCUGCAGAGCCUCGCCUACGGCCUCGCCCUGGCCUUGCACUGCCACGCCGAGGGGGUCCCGCGGCCCCAGCUCACCUGGAGGAUCCAAGCCUCGGGCCAGACGCUGGAGAUCGCGGGCGGCGAGGCCGACGGCCAGAAUGCCCUGCCCCCGGAGGGCGCGGCCGGCGCCGGAGAGGGGCAGAGCUUCCGCGCCUUCCCCAACGGCACCCUGCUGCUCCCUCACCUGGGCAAGAAGGAGGAGGGCACCUACACCUGCCUGGCCGCCAACGAGAUGGGCAGCAGCCACGGCUCGCUCCGCGUGGCCCUGGCCGACGCCGCCCCCAAGGACCCCGGCGGCGGCCCCAGGGCCGAGGCCAAGGCACCGCCCGGCGAGCGCAAGGCGGCCAAGAACAGCGUGAUGAAGCCCGAGGAGAGGCGCAAGCUGCUCUCGCCGCCGGACCCGGACGCACCGCGCGAUCCUGACGCGCCCGGCGGCGGCGGCGGCGAGGCAGGGCCCGACGGCUCCGACCUGGGGGCCGACACGCCCUCUCACCCGUCCGGCUUCGAGCCUCGUUGCGGCGGGGGCGGCAGCUCGGGCCAGCUGCCGCGCUACGUCUCCAACCACGCGUUCAACCAGAGCUCCGAGCUGAAGCCGCAGAGAUUCGAGCUGGGCGUCAUCGCCCUGGACGUCUCGGAGCGCGAAGCCAAGGUGCAGAUCACGCCCUUCUCCGCCCGGGAGAAGGGCCAGCUGCGCCGGCUCUACCUGUGCCAGGAGAGCCGCCGCGGGGCCCCGCCGGCGUUGGUGCAGUGGUCGCAGGUCGAGGAGGGCCUGAACGCCUACUGGUUCCGAGGCCUGGUCCCGGGCACCAACUACUCGGUCUGCCUGACCUUCGCGGGCGAGGAGUGCCAGGUGCAGGUGGUUUUCAGCACCAAGAAGGAGGUGCCCUCGCUGCUCAUCAUUGUGGUGGUCAGCGCCUUCCUCCUGGCCCUGGCCACCCUCCCGCUGCUGGGCGCCACCUGCUGCCACCUGCUCUCCAAGUACCAGGGCAAGACCUACCGGCUCAUCCUGCGGGCGCAGAACCGCGCGGACCAGAUGGAGAAGCACAUGGCAGCCGACUUCGACCCCCGGGCGUCCUACCUGGAGUCGGAGAAGAACUACCAGCCCAGUGAGGUGGGCCGGGGGGAGCUGGAAGAGGAGGAGGAGGACGACGAGGACGAGGAAGAGGAGGGGAGGGCCAGCGAAGCGGGCGGCGGAGGGCAGCUGCCCAGGGACCCCAGCGUGGCGGCCGGCUCCAUUGCGGAGUCCCACUCCAAAGCCAACCAGGAGGAAUUCGAAGGGGGCUCCGAAUACAGUGACCGCCUUCCCCUCGGGGCCGAGGCGGUCACCAUCUCCCAGGAAAUCAACGGCAACUACAAGCCCCCGCCACGCUGAGCUGGCCCAGGCGGCGCCCCGCCCGAACCUCGGAGGCGCUCGCGCCUUUCCGGACCCGCCGUUCCGACCAGCUGUGGUUGGGAAGGGUCCCCCCUUGGUAAGGGGUGGAUAUUUGGAUUUCAGCGUAUGCUGGUUUUGAUUGGGGUCGGGGGGUUGGAGGGGUGGUGGUCGGUGGUUUUCUCCCUAGCUCUUUCUUAGGGGGGCUGACCUAAUCGGACAACUUGUAGAGGUAAGCGGUGGAGAAAUUCCUUCCCCACCCCGAUUGUGAAGUCGGAAUUACAUAUGCACCAAACGUAAGCGUUGGCCACGCGUCUCCCCUCCUUUCCCCUCAUUCUCGUUGAAUCUUUGUCAAAAUCGAAAUGUAAGGUUCGAGCAGAAGCCGGGCGUGGGUGCGCAGCGGAUGUCUGAAACGUUGGCGUUCCUAGAGGUGGGCGCGUCCGUUUCCUUUCAGGAGGUCGCGGUUGCUGGACAGCUCCCGCCCUUUGUCCCCGCUGGCGAACCGCCCGGACGAACUGCCUUGCCUUCCCACCCCGUGUUGGGUGCGGCAAGUUGGUCGUGAGGACGACACCCGGGUCAGGUUCGCUGCUCGGCAGCCGACCCACGAAGGUCCAACCGAAGGAACAGGUUUCCUCCGACCGUGUGAAUAAUAUUGGAGCCCGUGCUGUAGAAACGUGUCAAUGUAUUUGUGUGCAUUUGGACCGCUGGUGGACUCAUUCAGUCGAGUAAACAGGCCGUGUUUA